CAAUUCUCCCUCUCUUAACCCUUUGGUUAAAAAAAAAGUUCUCCCUAUCUAACUCACUCACUAAAAACCCGGCAUGCCGGCCCAAGUGAUCCCUGACCAUACCUUUCAAUCCAUCCACGAGACCAUGAUGGAGGAGACUAAUUCAACUUUAUUUCAUAAAAGGUUGGAAGGAAAAGUAGCCAUCAUAACCGGAGGCGCACAUGGAAUCGGCAAAGCCACCGUCCAGCUAUUCGCGAGACACGGUGCCACGGUGGUGAUCGCUGACGUGGACGCCACCGCCGGCUCUUUCCUAGCUAAAUCUCUCUCAGCAUCCCAAGUCGCCUUUAUAAGCUGCGAUGUCUCGGUAGAAGCUGACGUGGAAAACUUAGUGAACCUUACCGUGGCACGGUUCGGCCGGCUCGACAUUCUAUUCAACAACGCAGGAGUUCUCGGUGACCAGAAGAAACACAAAAGCAUACUAGACUUCAACGCUGAAGAGUUCGACCAAGUGAUGCGUGUGAACGUGCGAGGCGUAGGUCUCGGCAUGAAACACGCGGCAAGUGCCAUGAUCAAGAGAGGGUUUAAAGGUUGCAUAAUCUCGAUGGCGAGUGUGGCCGGUGUGAUGGGUGGAAUGGGGCCACACGCUUACACAGCGUCGAAACAUGCGAUCGUUGGACUGACCAAGAACGCAGCUUGUGAGCUAGGUAAGUAUGGGAUUAGGGUUAACUGCAUAUCGCCGUUUGGAGUUGCCACGUCGAUGCUGGUGAACGCGUGGCGGAAGGGUGACGUGGGAGAUGGUGAUGAGGUGGAGGAGAUGGAGGAGUUUGUGAGGAGUUUGGCUAAUUUAAAAGGAGAGACGUUGAGAGCCACGGAUAUAGCUGAAGCGGCGUUAUAUUUAGCGAGUGAUGAGUCAAAGUAUGUUAAUGGACAUAACCUUGUCGUUGACGGUGGUGUUACGACUGCGAGAAACUGUGUUGGUUUGUGAUGAUCUUUUUCCUUUUUUUUCUAAUUGAUCUGCUAAUUGACUGAAUUUGGUAAAUCUUUUUCUGU